AUGAAAAAAUCUAGUGAUGGGGUGAUAGUUUGGAAAUAUAUUGUUUGUACUAGGGAUGGUUUUAAGAAUGUCGUUUGUAUGGAUAGCUCUUCAGCAGCAGAAUUGGAUGGUGUUGAGUGUUCUGUUAGAAAGAGGCGGAGAGUUUCGAAUAGGGUUGGGUGUAGGGCUCGCAUUGCUUUUAGAUAUGCGAGUAAUGGUACUUAUUGUAUUCACUUGUUUGAGGAGCGUCACAAUCAUUCGCUGUCCUCAUUAUUGUCAAGACAAUUUCUUAAGGGGAAUAGGAAGCUUGGGGUUGGUCACAUGAAGUUCGUAGCUGAUUGUGUAAAAGCAAACAUUGGGCCAGUGCAAAGUUUUCGGUUGUUCAAGGAGAUGGUGGGGAGUUUCUCAAAUGUAGGUGCAACAAGUGUAGAAUUUCGAAAUAUUAAAAGGGACAUAAACUCUUAUUGUUCGAGUGUUGAUGCUCAGAUGGUUGUGACUAAUUUCUUAAAGAAAAAAGAAGUAUGCCCAGCUAUUUUCUUUACAUUUGAUGUUGAUGAGUUUGAUCAAUAUCAGACAAACAUGUAUGAUAUGGUAUUUACACCAUUCACUGGUGUAAACAACCAUAAAAAGUGUAUUACUUUUGGUGCUGGGUUGUUGACAAAAGAGGAUAUUGAGUCAUAUGUGUGGUUGUUUGAGAAAUCCAAGGAAGCAACGGGUUGUGAGCCAACAUUGUUUGUAACUGAUCAAGACCCAGCAAUGAGGGUUGCAUUUCCACGAGAUAAGGUUGGCCCCUCUUUGAGUAGAAAUGAGUCUUUUAGGGCAAAGCUUAAUUCCGUUGUAUGGAAUCAAAUGUUGGAACCAACUGAAUUCGAUUAUCAAUGGAAUCUAGUUAUGGAGGAAUUUGGGUUGGUGGAGCAUAAUUGGUUUGUGAAAUUGUUUGAUAUUCGUCAGUUUUGGAUUCCUGCAUAUUUUAGAGAGGUUUUUCUAAAUGCUUUAAUUAGGACUACCUCACGUUCUGAGAGUGAGAAUAGUACUCCAGAUUUGAAGACACCACUAGCCAUGGAGAAACAUGCUGCAUAUGUGUAUACUGUUGCUAUAUUUUAUGAGGUUCAAUCUGAGAUUUGUGCAGCAUGUUUUACUUGUCGAGUUGUAAAUGUUAGGGAGGAUCAAGGUUUUUUGUACUAUGAAAUUAAAGAUGGAGACAAUCGAGUUUUUAGUGUCGUGCAUAAUGUUGUGGAGGUCAUUGCUUCAUGUGGGUGCAAAAUGUUUCAAAGGUUGGGGCUGCUGUGUAGGCAUAUUUUUGUAGUUUUUAAAGACUUGAAAUUGGAUUCAAUUCCGUUGAGAUAUGUAGUUAAGCGGUGGACUAGGGAUGCAUCUUUGGGUCGGAGUUUUGAUAUUGAUGGUGUUGUUGUUGAUCAAUGGGAAGGUGUUGAUGAAAAGUUGGUGUUAUUGAAAUCUGUUUGUUUGGAUAUUCAAUGCUGUAUUAGUAUAGUUCAGUCUGAUAUGGAUCGCUUGCAAAUGUUUUCUCAGAUCAUUAAGGAGCAUAAAGACAUGUUUUUAUCAGACCCAAGUUGCUGUUCUUCUGUUGUUGGCAAGAGGUCAAUCAUUGAGGAAAUUUGUGGUUCUUCUGUUCCUUCUGAGGUUUAUGUUCUUCUACCAAAGAAAGCAAAGAAUAAGGGGAGUGGUAAGCGCAUUAAAGGAUUCAAGGAGAUUGCUAUUGAAGAAAGUAAGAAGGAGAUGACAUGCAAGACUUGCAAUAAACCUGGUCAUGAUAGCAGGAAUUGUGUACUGAGGAAGAAACAGUGUCCCUCAUAG